AUGAUACUAUUACUGCAGGAGUAUGCAGCUCCAGACAAAGUCCUGAACCCCCCUCGCGUGGGUGAUUAUCAUCCAGAGUCUAUUCUGACCGAGUUAUCUGCCCCGCCCGCUGAAGUCAAUGCCCAGCGACAACCUGCAGACGAUGCACCAAAUCCUGUAACUUCUCAUUCCAAUGUCAAAUCUCUACGCCAAAACGAACGGUGGCAGUAUGAUUCAAUCAGACUUACAUCUUUGCCCAUGUCAUCACAUCUGAAAGACUACCUUGCAGAGACUGGUGCUUUCCGUACCCUUCCAAGAUCUACCCAAGAUGGACUGGUUACUACUUAUAUUACUUCAAUUGACUGCCUCAUGCCGAUACUCGAUGGGAGUGAUGCUCUCCGAAAAUACAGUAACCAAAAGCUUUCACCACUCCUGAUCAAUGCCAUGUGUCUUUUGGCAUGCAAGGCAAGCCCAGCAGCCCCUUACUUGCGUUUGACCGAGAAAGGGCCUCUUUUAAACCCACCAGAAUUUGCAAAGACGCUAUACGAUGGUCUGGAUGUAGCUAUGAGGAUGGAUCUGGAGCAAGAUCGCUUGGUUCGUAUACAGAUUCUGGCAUUAAUGUCUCAAUAUCACGACGGCCGCGGAGCAGUGCGGGAAGCAUCCGCCCGGCUCUCGCAGGCAAUCCAUGACUCGUGGAUUCUCACACUCCACUACGAUAUUCCAGUUCAUAGAGAUCAAGUACAGUGUCGCUAUAUUUGGUGGACUCUGAGGGCGCUAGAUAGACUGAACGCUUGUCUGCACGGUUGCCCCCCCAAUGAUCUCAGACAGAGAUACCCAAACACUCCCGCCUUUACCGAACCAAGGGUAUCGAUCGGAUGUAGCUUUAAUCGCCUAUAG